AUGUUCGCUGACUGCAGCUCGCUGGAGUCAAGAUGGCGGGAGCCAGAGCCGGCGCUGGCACUCAGGAAAAUAGCAGUAUUAUGUUUCUUACUAGAGGUCAUGACUUCCUUCACAGAAAAAUUCACAGUGACUGGAUUGACUAGGCCAGUCUUGGCUCCAUUGGGUGGAGCCCUUGAACUCAGUUGUCAGUUGUUUCCACCACAACAUGCACAGCACAUGGAGAUUCGCUGGUUUAGGAACCGCUAUACGCAGCCAGUACACCUGUACAGGAAUGGUAUAGACCUGCAUGGAGAAACUACCUCUAAGUAUGUGGAGAGGACAAAACUCCUGAAAGAUGCCAUUGGAGAAGGGAAAGUGACCCUCAGGAUCUUUAAUGUGACUAUUGAUGAUGAUGGACCAUAUCACUGCUUCUUCAAAGAUGGUGAAUUCUAUGAAGAGCACAUUACAGAGGUCAAGGUCACGGUCUCGAGCUCAGACAUACAGAUUCAUAUGCAUUCCCCUAAUAUCAAAGGUGUGAUGUUAGAGUGUCAUUCAGGAGGUUGGUUUCCACAGCCUCAUAUGGAAUGGAGAGACAGCAAAGGAGAAGUCAUUCCAGCAACAACAAAAUCCAACUCACAAGAUGGAAAAAAGUUGUUCAACAUGACAAUGGCCCUUUUUAUUAAAGCCAAUUCCCACAGGAAUGUCACUUGCUACCUUCAAAACCUUUUAACUCACCAAGAAGAAAGCAUAAGCAUCAUCCUACCAGGUGAACUGUUUUCAUGGAAAAGUGUUUGGAUAUGGAUUCAGAGUAUGAUAACAUUUGUGCUGAUAGCCUUCCUCAUGACUUCCUGUGUUCAAUGUUAUCUCAUACAUGGUAGCUGCUCUGUAAUAAAUAGUCCUUGGAAAAAGAAGAGUGCAAUUGUAUUUGUGAUUUCAAUGGUUGCAAUUAUAGGAAUCAUUCUCAUUUUGCAUCUAAUACCAAGAGUCCCUGUUUCAGAUCCACACUUGGAAUUGGACACUUUGUGGUUGGAAGAUUUUAGUGUGAUCCUCUUUGUGCUGAUAGUGUUCAAGAUCAACUUCAUUUCAUUCAUUUACUUCAGAUUGGAUGGUAAAUAUGAUGGGAAUGGUGACAACUCAGAUGAUCUGGUUCAUGUGACUGGUGCUCAGAUGUCUAGAAGGUGA